AUGGCGACCGCGGCCGACCAGCCCGCCCAACCGGAUGGCGCCCAUGCCGCCGCCGCAAGCAAGCGCAAGACCAUGGACGAAAUCGCCGUAGAUCUUGCUCUCCCCGAACCGCCAUCCAAGCGGGCCCGGCGCGCCUUGAAGAAGGGCAAGCCGCUCCCCGCCAAACCCAGCAACAGCAGCGGCAGUCGAGAAGACGACGACGAUGACGACGACGGCGGCGGCGGCGGCGGCGGCGGCGGCGGCGCUGACAAAGAGAAGCCAGACGGCAGGGGCAAGAGCCGGUCCGAGCACGGCAUCUGGGUCGGCAACCUGCCCUUUAGCGUCACGGCGGCCGAGCUGAAGCAGUGGCUCGUCGACAACUCGGGCGGCGUCAUCACCGACGCGGCCAUAACCAGGAUAAAGCUGCCAACGUCCAAGGGCCCCGGGGCUCAGAAACCGACCCCGGCCCCGGCCAACAAGGGCUUCGCGUACGUCGACUUUGCCGACCUCGGCGCCAAGGUGGCCGCCAUUGCCCUCUCGGAGACGGAGCUGGCCCACAGGAAGCUGCUCAUCAAGGACGCCAAGUCGUUCGAGGGCCGGCCCCCCAAGGACGAGGAGCCCCAGGCCAGGGCCGUCGGGCCCGACGGCCAGCCCCAGCGCGGACCGCACAGCACGAACCGGACGGACCCCGCCGCCGCCGCCGCCGCCGCCGUCAACGCCAGCCGCAAGAUCUUCAUCGGCAACAUGAGCUUCAAGACGACGCAGGACGACGUGCACCGCACCUUUGAAAAGUGCGGCGAGAUCGAGUGGGUCAAGGUGGCCACGUUUGAGGACACGGGCAAGUGCAAGGGCUACGGAUGGGUCAAGUUCAAGGAGCCCGAGGCGGCGGCCUGGGCCGUCAAGGGCUACGUCAAGAUCAGGGAAGCCGUCGACACGGAAGAGGACUUUAACGACGAGGCAGAUGACGGCGGCGACGGCGACGGCGCGGCGCCCGGCAGGCAAGCUGGGCAGAAGCGCUUCAAGACGAGGAAAUGGUGGGUGAACCGCAUGCUGGGUCGGGAGCUGAAGCUGGAGCUGGCCGAGGACGACCAGGCCCGGUACAAGAAACGCUUCGGCAAGGACGCCCGGGCUCACGGCGGCGGCGAGCGAGCCGACGGCUUCUCGCAGGGGCGCCAUGCCAAGUCCAAGGGCGGCGGCGGCGGCGGCGGCGGUGGUGGUGGUGCCGCUGCGACAGCGAAAACCGGCCAGCUCAGCGCCGCUGCGGUAGAGCCAACGCAGAGUUCACGUAGGCAGCCUGGGGGCGAUGGGACAAAAGGCGUGCACAGGGCGGCCGAGACCUCUCUCAAGCAAGCUGCCAGCAUUCAGGAGGCGAGACUGAUGGGAACAACGGUCAAGCACACCGGUACCAAGGUGACGUUUGACUAA